AUGAACAAUCAUUUGUUACCAUAUCCUUACAAUCAAGAACGUUGUCGUCCAUUCUUCGGGUAUGAGACCUUGGCUAAUGUACUCUACGGCUUUUACCUUCGUUUUCGCCCCCCUGCUGCUUCGUCAUUCAGUACCAAGCCAAUUCAAGUUAUUUGCAUUUCGGAUACCCACAACUCGACCAGAGAGGUUUCACAUGGCGAUCUUCUCAUUCAUGCUGGUGACUUAACUCAACAUGGCUCAUUUGAGGAGCUUCAUGAUCAACUUCGAUGGCUGUCUACCCUCCCACAUCCUCAUAAAGUUGUCAUAGCAGGAAACCACGAUCUUCUGCUCGAUUCAGAUUUCGUUGAACGUUAUCCUACUCGCUUUCCCGACCAUCCCGGAUUAUCUGUCUUCAAUUCGGACUGGAACGAUGUCGAUUAUCUCCGGGACCGCUGUGUCACCCUAAACUUUUCAAAUGGGAGGAGGCUGAACAUCUACGGUUCACCUCAGACGCCAGAAUUUGGUGUUUGGGCCUUCCAAUAUCCAGCAAUUAGGGAUGUUUGGACUCAUAGAAUCCCGGAUAACACGAAUGUAGUUGUGGUGCAUGGCCCGCCCGUGCUUCAUUGUGAUGUCGGAAAGAAAGGGGAUGGGUAUUUGUUAAGAGAGUUAAGAAGGGUGAAGCCACAGCUUGUUGUGUUUGGUCAUAUUCAUGAUGGAUAUGGAGAAGAUUACCUUUUUCAUGAUGGGGUGCAGAGUGCAUGGGAAGAUGCAAUCCUGCAAAGAAGUGGUGUGGUUGCCAUAUUUCGCAUGAGUUUCUGGAUGAUUGUAGCAUGGCUUAAAGUCUUGCUGGGGCUCCCACAGCCCAGCCCAACAAGGUUGGUGAAUGCAGCUGUUGCACCGGGAGCAAACAACAGAACACAGAAAGAGCCUAUUAUAUUGGAAAUAUAAUCUUUUUGAUCCUCUAUAUGUUUGAGCUUAAAUCAAAUAA